UUCUUUCAGAUUUUCAACCAACAUAAUGCUGAAGCUCCCAACUUGCAACAAGUAUUUCACAGAAUGGCACAAACAGAACCUAAUCUGGACCACAACAUAUCAUGGUUCCUCCUUCCAUCAUACUGGGCCAAAGUGGUUGUGGCAUUAAUUUCCUUCCUCUGUUUUGCUAACAGCUAUGAUGGAGAUUUUGUCUUUGAUGAUUCUGAAGCCAUCAUCAAUAAUAAGGACCUCAGGGCAGAAACCCCACUUGGUGACCUGUGGCAUCAUGACUUUUGGGGUAGCAAACUCAGCAGCAAUACCAGUCAUAAGUCAUAUCGACCACUAACUGUCCUAACUUUCAGAAUUAAUUACUUUUUUGCUGGAGGCUUCUACCCAGUUGGCUUCCAUGUCAUCAAUAUAAUACUGCAUUGUACUAUCUCCGUGUUGAUGGUUGAUGUGUUCUCAAUAUUACUGGGUGGACUGCAAUUCAGUAAUAAAGGAAGAAGGCUAAAUCUGGCUCCAAAGACAUCUCUUCUAGCUGCUUUGCUGUUUGCUGUACAUCCAGUGCACACUGAAUGUGUUGCCGGGAUUGUUGGCAGAGCAGACCUUCUGUGUGCCCUGUUCUUUUUGUUGUCAUUCCUUGGCUACUGUAAAGCAUUUAGAGAAAAUAAGGAAGGACAUAAUUUUUCUAUGCUUUGGGUGCUGGUGAGUGUCAUCCUAGGUGCAAUAGCCAUGCUGUGCAAAGAACAAGGAAUUACAGUACUGGGUUUGAAUGCCGUGUUUGAUGCACUAGUGAUUAACAAGAUAAAUGUUUUGGAGCUUACUCAAAAGCUACUGCAUAAGGACAAGUCAUUGGAGAAUGCUGGGCUAUUAAGAAAGGGGCUACUUUUCAGGAUAACUCUUCUGAUGUCUGGAGGGGCCAGUAUACUUUAUAUACGCUGGAGGAUUAUGGGCACGGGGCCACCAGCUUUCACUGAAGUAGACAACCCGGCUUCAUUCGCAGACAGUCUGUUUGUGAGAGCUAUAAACUAUAAUUACUACUAUUCAUUGAAUGCAUGGCUGCUGUUGUGUCCCUGGUGGCUGUGUUUUGAUUGGUCAAUGGGCUGCAUACCCCUCAUUAAAUCCGUCAGUGACUGCAGGAUAAUUGCACUAGCAGCACUUUGGUUCUGCCUAAUUGGUCUGAUAUGCCAAGCUCUGUGCUCAGAAGACAGCCAUAAGAGAAGAAUUCUUACACUGGGACUUGGAUUUCUUAUUAUCCCCUUUCUUCCUGCAAGUAAUCUGUUCUUCCGAGUAGGAUUUGUUAUUGCAGAGAGGGUCAUCUACCUCCCAAGUAUUGGAUAUUGUAUUCUGUUUACAUACGGAUUUAGUCUCCUGAGUAAGCAAGCCAAGAAAAAGAAAAUUCUUGCUGUGGCAGUACUUGGAAUCCUGUUGAUAAAUGUCAUGCGCUGUGCACUCCGUAGCAGUCAGUGGAGGUCAGAAGAACAGCUUUUUAGGAGUGCACUGUCUGUGUGCCCUCUGAAUGCAAAAGUGCAUUACAAUGUUGGCAAAAACCUGGCUGACAAAGGAAAUCAAAGUGCUGCAAUCAAAUACUACAGAGAAGCUGUAAGGUUGAAUCCUAAAUAUGUACAUGCCAUGAACAACCUUGGAAAUAUUCUGAAAGAAAGGAACGAGCUGCGGGAAGCAGAGGAGUUGCUGUCCUUAGCUGUACAAAUACAACCUGAUUUUGCUGCUGCGUGGAUGAAUCUAGGAAUAGUACAGAACAGUUUAAGAAGGUUUGAAGAGGCAGAGCAAAGCUAUUGGACAGCAAUUAAACACAGGAAAAAAUACCCAGAUUGUUACUACAAUUUAGGGCGAUUGUAUGCAGAUUUGAAUCGCCAUAUAGAUGCAUUGAAUGCAUGGAGGAAUGCUACAGUUCUGAAACCAGAGCAUAGUUUGGCUUGGAACAAUAUGAUUAUAUUGCUUGAUAACACAGGCAAUCUAGCCCAAGCAGAAGCAGUUGGAAGAGAGGCCCUGGAAUUAAUACCUAAUGAUCAUUCCCUUAUGUUUUCAUUGGCAAAUGUAUUAGGGAAAUCACAAAAAUACAAGGAAUCUGAAGCUUUGUUCCUCAAGGCAAUUAAAGCCAAUCCAAAUGCUGCCAGUUAUCAUGGUAAUUUGGCUGUGCUUUAUCAUCGCUGGGGAAAUCUUGACUUAGCAAAGAAGCACUAUGAAGUCUCUCUGAAGCUUGACCCCAUGGCACCCGGAACCAAGGAAAACUACAAUCUCUUAAGAAGAAAACUGGAGCAGUUGCAAAAGAAAGGCGGUGCCUGAUGUUUCUUUUCAGGUUGUCCGUGCAUGCUGUUUACGAUUAACAUUACAUGGGUACUCCAUGUAAAGGAUUCAGUCAUUACUUCUCAAAAAUAAUAGCACCACCAGCACUGCACACUUGAAUGUCCAAUUAUGCCCUCCUACAGAUCCUAACAUUUCAGCUUGAGGGAUCAUUUUAUUUUUACUCUUGAACUGCUUUUAAAAAGACCCUUAGAACAUUUUUAUAGGUAUAUGAAAGUAAUGCAGAUGAAAUUUCAUAGCUUUCACUUGUAAUCUGAUAUCUUCAUCUGACUUCUCAGUAGCAGGAUGAAUAUCAGAAGGUAGUUUUAUUUCUGAAAGUGAUUCUUUUAAAAGUGCAAUUUCCUGUUUAAAUCCUGGUCCUUUUGAAGUAUGAAGAAUAUCUGGCCACUCAGUUCUAUUAAUGCUUUCUACUGCCAAUCCCGCAGAGCCAGUGGAAGAAUGGAUUCUCUCCAGCACAUCAGUCUGCUUAUGUGAGUUAUGCACUUGUGAGUUAUGCCCUUGUUCUUGUUUCUGGCUCCACCUUGUGAAGUAUCAGAUUUGUACAGUACACAAGGACAAGAGUUUCACCAGAAAUGUUUGUCAGCCAGUGUACUGCUGAGGUAUGCCUGAGUGGAGAAAAUACUCUUAGAUUAAACUGUUUAGCAGGUAGCAAAGGAAAAAAGUGUGAGGCAACAGAGGAGUCAGAAGUUUCUGUUCUUACAGGCAGCCUCAUCUUGCAUACACAGCUUGGGCAACAAGUUAGAAUUGCUUUAGCUCAGUAGGCCAGUGAUUUAAAUACAGUAUAGUGUCAUCUAUUGGAGAUAAUCACUGUGUUCUUGGGAAUUCCAGUGCUUUCUAGUUAAGGACAUUACACCUUUCAUCUCCUACAUUGUUAGUCAGAAUAGUAUUUCUGUAGCAGAUGACCUGACCUUGACUGUUGACAUACUAACUGGAAGGAACUCAGCUUCACCUUUGCCUCCUGUGGCUCACAUGUGUUUGCUGAAGUGGCAGUUAAAAUAAGCAUAGCUGUUAAUGUGUAAACCGAUCACGCUGACGUGGGAUGAUGCAUUGACACAAUGUUAAUUUUCAAAAUGUGCUAGGCUGUAAGAUGCAUUCAAACUCUGGCCUUCCAGAGUUGUUUGUCUUGUGCCAAUAUUUGCAUUCUUGCUUUAUGAGGUAGUCACUUGUCUAUUUAUUUGUUGGAGUUUUUGGUUAUUAAGAUUAGAAGAUUGCUAUUGGAUGUGAAAACUGAGGAGCUUUACAUCUCUUUCCAUAUUCCUUAAAUCUUUCUGAUCAUGCCCUCCAGGAAGAAACUGAUAGUGCAGCAUUUGCAGUUAAUUUAUCCAAUGAUGUGUAAUACUCUCUAUACACAAGUCAUCCAUGUGUGGAACCACUUAAAGUGUUAGGGGAGUAUAUGCCAUAGGACAGAAUGUCACAGGACCAUCAUGUAACCAUUCUACAUCUAUACUAUGUUUUGAACCUACAGUAGAUUACUUUUACAUUAUAUAUUUGUUUGGAAAUGAUAGUUGUUUCAGGAACUACAGAGCAAUACUGUACAACUACCAAAGCAUCCUCUGACAGAGCUAGUUUGAGUACUACAAGUAGUGCAGCUACUUUAAUGUAAUAUUCUUGCCAGACUAACUGUCAGUCUAGCCAGCAAAGCUGCGGCAGUGUGGUGCUGUCCACAGCUCUGGCUUUGAAUUAAUUUAUUUGUCUACAUUAUAAAGUAUGUUGUCAUACCAAUUUUAAUUGAUAUACGGGAGACAUGUAUUUGUGUUAGUGCAGUGCUGCCCUUCUGUAAAUAGAGCCUGGCUUUAGGCAGGACUAAUUAGUUUAUCCAGGGUACUAAGGUGAUGCAGUUGUUUCCAUUUCUUCUGGUUUCUGGACAAAUUUUUCAGAAACUGGCUUCUGAAUAUAUUUGCAGGAUGUAAAUAGGCACUUAGAUAAGUAUCUUAUCCAGCAGAACACUGCACCAGUAUGGACACUCAUCUUCUGAUAACCAGCAUAGUUUAGUCAGUCCCAACUUCUGUACCUGAAACAUGCUGGAGUAGAUAGGCCCUGCAGUGCAAACAGCAGACUUCUAAGGCUUUCCUUACAUAGCCUACAGAUAACAGAGGACACUUCGCUACUUCAGUCAUGAGUUACUGAAGAGUUUGGAUCUGGCUGAAUGAGCUAGUCUAUAGCAGAAGAUAAAUGUGUUUAAUAUAAUAAGAUCUUUUCUGUAUAUUUGAAAUAUAACACAUUGAGUUUAAAUUAUUAUUCUCAUCAUGAAGUUCACAUAUAUAGUUUCCCCUGUUGCCAGUUAUAUUAUGAUACUAGCUUUACAGAAAUCCAUGAGAUCAAUAUUGUAUAUCGAGUGGGAAUUCUCUCUAGAUCAUUUUAAACCAAAAUUACAGGAAUUCCUCUGUGGAAGUCAGUUUGUCCUCCUACUCAAGCAUCUUAGAUGGAAGAGACAUGCCAUCAGAAUGGAUGUUUUGUUGGUAUUUGAAAAUGGUGUUUACUCUUCAAUACAGACAACAUAAUUUCUUUUUUAUUUAUUUUUUGACUACCUGUAUAUAUUUUUUGAGGGUUUAUUUGGUUUAUUUCAUUUUCAGUACUACAGGACUUCUUGUAUGAUUGUAUCUAAGUGUAAUGUUGAGGCAGAAUUGGGUUCAAAAGAAGUAACAACCGAGAUUGCUUUUAUUAAUAAAAUUUCCUUAAGACUUUCAAGAAUGCUAAAUAUUUUUUUACUUUAUUUUCAGAAAUAUUGUGAGUGCAAAUAAUACUGUGAAUUUUCUUUAAAUGGUUGUGUUAACCCUUUGUUUUUUCAUACUUCAUAACUGACUACAGAAAUAGUACAGAACAUACACCCUGAAAGACAGGAAGGUGAACAAGAAGUGGCUUGGUACAUAACUGUUGUUACAAACAUGAUUUAUCUUUCCAGUGUGCUGGAUUAUAUUUUUUCCCCCCACAUUACCAUUCUACCAUUGCUAAUUACAGAAGAUUAAAGUUCCCUGCUUAUCAGCUGCCCUGCUUGAUUCUGUAGUGGAAUUAGGAAACCUGGAUUAUUUUUUUAUUUCUCUCAAGGAUUGCUUGUUCAAAUACAGUUCUGAAGAGAGAAAUACAGAAUGAUUCAAUUCACAGAAUGGAGUCAGAAAAAUACUCACAGUGAUUGCUAUGGAUUACACUCUUCACCAAAAACUUCCAAGGGAAUUCUCUAAUUGUAUGUUCUCUCUUGUUUAGACCAAUGUACAUGAAUUUUCCUGGCAUUUAAUACGUAGGAUUUAAACUUUAGAGAUGUGGGUUAUGUGUAUGAGCAGUCAGAAAUGAAGGUCUUCAAACUUUUGAAUGCUUUGUUUAAAAAUACUGGGCUUAUUCAGUGGGAAUUGUUUCCUUCAUAUUUGCAAUACCUGCA